AUGGGUAACUACGCUUCAUGCACCCUCACAAAACACUCAAAGGCCACAAAGGUCAUUUACCCCGGCGGCGAAAUUAAAAAACUAAACCAACCAACCAAAGCCGCCGAACUCAUGUUCGACUCACCCAACACGUUUCUAGUUAACUCCAAAACUCUCCAUAUUGGAGUACGCUUCUCCCCGCUCAAUGCGGAUGAAGAUCUUCAACUUAACUCCGUAUAUGUAUUGUUUCCAAUGAAUAGACUUAAUUCGGUUGUCACCACGGCUGAUCUGGCUUCGUUGUUUCUCGCGGCAAAAUCUGGUGCGAAUAAAAUAGGAAGUGUGAGAGUUUUGCCUGAGAAUCCGCCUACGCCGCCUAGGUUGAGUUUGGAGGAGCUUGAAGAGUUUUCGUCGCCUGAGUUUAAGAAGAUGAUUUCAAUGUGUAGAUCGAAGAAGCCGUUGUUGGAGACCAUAGCUGAAGAACCGGUUUCUACAAGAUGA